AUGAUUGAGAAUGUCCACCGAUGCCAAAGUAUGAAGAUGGAAUCUACUGGAGGACAAGUUUCUUACGAUGAUAUAUUCAAGAUGUUUCCUGAGUUGAAAGAUGACUUUAAACGCGUUGAAACUAGUUUGGGAGCUUCUUUAAACGCGUGUCACGAAGAAAUAUCUGAAACAAAAGGUAUUGUAAGUCAGCAGAAGAAGCAGUUGGAGAGUUUGCUGAAUACCGUUGAGGAGCUUAGAAGUGAAAACAUCAUCCUGCGCAAGAAGUUGGCCCAGGCUGAGGAGAGGGCUGACGACGCGGAGCAGUAUUCUCGCCGGAAUACUGUAGAGAUCCACUGCGUACCUUAUAAUAAGGGGGAGGAUGUACUGAAAGUGGUGAAGAUGGUCGGCCGCGCACUUGACUACCCAGUGGAGGAUAUGAUGGUGGACGCGUGUCAUCGGCUGAGGACCAGCGACGGCAGUGACAGACCACCAGGCAUUGUCGUCAAGAUGGUACGACGGAUCGACGCAGAGGGACUUCUGCAUAAGCGGCGUGUGAAGCGUAAUCUGAACAGCCACGAUCUGGGGAUGACGGACAAGGCUGCCGUGGUCGUGUAUGUCAACGAGAGCCUCAGCGCAGGGAGACGUCGACUGCUGAACGCCGCGCGACAAGCCAAGAGGGAAAAAGGGUAUACCUACCUGUGGAUCCGCGGCGGAAAGGUACUCAUGCGGAAAAGUCAAGGUGAUCCUGUGAAGGUGUUAAACUCAAUGGACAACAUCAGUGACCUGUAA